UGACCCUCGCGCAGGCAGGCAGGCAGGCAGGCAGCAGCGCGCUGUGCGUCAGUGUGGAUCCGCAGCGGAAUGAGCGACACGCAGCCGGGCUCCCGCAGCGACCCCGCCGCCCGUAGAUGGCCCAACUCCCCGGAUCGCUGAGCCCCAACGGUGGAGAGAAUGUCCCAGAAAUCCUGGAUAGAAAGCACUUUCACCAAGAGGGAAUGUGUCUACAUACGGCCGGUGUCAAAGGACCCUCACAGAUGCCUUCCAGGAUGCCAGAUCUGCCAGCAGCUGGUCAGGUGCUGCUGCGGCCGGCUGGUCCGGCAGCAUGUGGGCUUCACUGCCAGUCUGGCGAUGAAAUACUCAGAUGUGAAGUUCGGGGAGGCGCAGCCGCCGCAGGAGGAGUGGAGCGUGGAGAAACACACAGAGCACAGUCCCACUGAUGCCUACGGCGUCAUCAACUUCCAGGGGGGGUCACACUCCUACAGAGCCAAGUAUGUAAGGCUGUCCCACGAUUCGCGGCCCGAGGCGAUCCUGAGGCUGAUGCUGAAGGAAUGGCAGAUGGAGCUUCCCAAAAUUGUCAUCUCUGUGCACGGAGGGAUCCAGAACUUCGAGCUUCACCCACGGAUCAAACAGGUGGUGGGCAAAGGGCUCAUUAAAGCAGCUGUAACCACUGGAGCCUGGAUUCUCACCGGGGGUGUCAACACAGGUGUGGCGAAGCAUGUGGGUGAUGCGCUGAAAGAGCACUCGUCCCGAUCCGCUCGGAAAAUCUGCACCAUCGGGAUCGCCCCCUGGGGUGUGAUUGAAAACAGGAACGAUCUUAUCGGAAGAGAUGUGGUAGCCCCCUACCAGACGCUGCUGAACCCUCUUAGUAAGCUGAACGUGCUGAAUAACCUGCACUCUCACUUUAUCCUGGUGGACGAUGGCACUGUGGGGAAGUAUGGAGCGGAGGUUAAUCUGCGGAGAGAGCUGGAGAAACACAUUAACCUGCAGAGGAUUCAUGCUCGUAUCGGUCAGGGAGUGCCGGUGGUGGCCCUGAUCUUUGAGGGCGGUCCGAAUGUGAUUCUGACUGUUCUGGAGUACCUGCAGGAGACCCCCCCUGUACCUGUGGUGGUCUGUGAGGGAACCGGUCGCGCCGCAGAUAUACUCUCCUACGUCCACAAGCAGACAGAGGAUGACGGUGGCCUUCCGGACGGCGUCGAGACUGACAUCAUAGCCACGAUCAAAAAAACCUUCAACUUGAGUCAGAACGACGCCAUCCAUCUGUUCCAGACUCUGAUGGAGUGCAUGAAGAACAAAGAGCUGAUAACUGUGUUCCACGUCGGAUCAGAAGAGCAUCAGGAAAUUGAUGUGGCUAUUCUGAAGGCUCUGCUGAAAGGCACUGACGCGUCUGCCUUCGACCAGCUGGUGCUGACGCUGGCGUGGAACAGAGUGGACAUCGCCAAAGAUCACGUGUUUGUUUACGGACAGAAGUUACUGGUGGACUCUCUGGAGCAGGCCAUGAUGGAUGCAUUAGUGAUGGAUCGGGUGGAUUUUGUGAAGCUGCUGAUAGAGAACGGAGUCAGCAUGCACCGAUUCCUCACCAUCUCACGGCUGGAAGAGCUUUACAACACGAAACAGUCGCCAACCAACCCAAACCUCUUUCAGCUUGUGAGAGACGUCAAACAGGGAAACCUGCCCCCUAACUACAAAAUCACACUGAUUGAUGUGGGAUUGGUGAUCGAGUAUCUGAUGGGUGGGACUUAUCGCUGCAACUACACCCGGAAACGCUUCAGGAUCAUCUACAACAAUCUCCACGGCAACAGCCGGCGAUCAGGUCGUGCCCCCUCCAGCAUUCCUCCUCUGCGGAAAAACCACGAGGCCUUCAGCAUCCAGGCUGAUAAAAAAGAGAAGACCAGACACAACCACUUCAUCAAAACUGCACAGCCAUACAAACCAAAGUUGGAGUCGUCCAGUGAUCUGCAGCAGAAGCGCAGCAAGGAGGAAAUCGUAGAUAUCGACGAUCCGGAGACGCGACGGUUUCCGUACCCGUUUAACGAGCUGCUGGUAUGGGCCGUGCUGAUGAAGAGGCAGAAGAUGAGUCUGUUCUUCUGGCAGCAUGGAGAAGAGUCCAUGGCCAAAGCUCUGGUGGCCUGCAAGCUCUGCCGCUCCAUGUGCUACGAAGCCAAAAAGAGUGACAUGGUCGAUGACACUUCAGAGGAGCUCAAAGAGUACUCGAAUGAGUUUGGAAGGCUGGCAGUGGAUCUGUUGGAGCAGUCGUUUCGUCAGGAUGAAACGAUGGCGAUGAAGCUGCUGACGUACGAGCUGAAGAAUUGGAGUAACUCGACGUGUCUGAAGCUGGCCGUAUCUUCCCGCCUGCGGCCUUUCGUCGCUCACACCUGCACGCAGAUGCUUCUGUCCGACAUGUGGAUGGGGCGGCUCAACAUGCGCAAGAACUCCUGGUACAAGGUGAUCCUGAGUAUCCUGGUGUUUCCUGCGAUCCUGGUUCUGGAAUACAAGAGCAAAGCUGAGAUGGCUCAUAUCCCUCAGUCUCAGGAUGCCCACCAGAUGACGAUGGAGGACAGCGAGCACAACCUGCAGAACCCUGACGACAUACAGAUGGAUGUGUUUAAAGAGGCCCGUAUGAACGAGCACACAGAGGUGAAGAAUGAAACGGAGGUUCUGACCCGCUCGCGCCGUUUGCCAAUCACACGAAAGUUCUACACCUUCUACCACGUCCCCAUCGUCAAGUUCUGGACCAAUACGCUGUUCUAUCUGGGGUUCCUGAUGCUGUACUCAUACGUGGUUUUGGUGAAGCUGCCGCCGUUUCCGUCGCCUCAGGAGUGGGCAGUCAUCCUCUACAUCUUCACCUCCGCCAUAGAGAAGAUCAGAGAGAUGUUUAUGUCUGAAGGUGGGAAGAUCAGCCAAAAGAUCAAAGUGUGGUUCAGCGAUUAUUUCAACAUCUCUGACUUCAUCGCCAUCAUCAUGUUUGUGGUCGGGUUCGGGUUGCGGUUCGGUUCUGGCAACAUCUUCAUCGCCGGUAGAAUAGUUUACUGCCUGAACAUCAUAUUCUGGUAUGUGCGUCUCCUCGACAUCCUCGCCGUCAAUCAGCAGGCUGGACCUUACGUCAUGAUGAUCGGCAAGAUGGUGGCGAAUAUGUUCUAUAUCGUGGUGAUCAUGUUCGUGGUGUUGGUGACGUAUGGAGUUCCCCGUAAAGCGAUCCUCUACCCCAACUCGGACGCUGAGUGGUCUCUGAUCAUCGACGUGGUCUUCCAGCCCUACUGGAUGAUGUACGGCGAGGUGUAUGCCUACGAGAUUGACGUGUGUGCGAACUCAAGUGAGCCACACGUGCAGCCGUUAUGUGGGACAGGGGUGUGGCUGACUCCGGCCCUGCAGGCCGUCUACCUCUUCAUCCAGUACAUCCUGAUGGUCAACCUGCUCAUCGCCUUCUUCAAUAACGUGUACCUGCAGGUGAUGUCCAUGUCUAACCUGGUGUGGAAGUAUCAGCGUUAUCACUUCGUCAUGGCAUACCACGACAAGCCUGUGCUGCCCCCUCCCCUUAUCAUCUUCUGCCACAUUGCCUCGUUCAUCAACUUCCUCUGCAAACGCAGGAAAAAGGACAGCAAUGCUUACGGACCAAAGCUCUUCCUGACGGAGGAGGACCAGAAGAAGCUUCACGAUUUCGAGGAGCAGUGUGUGGAGACGUAUUUCCAUGAAAAAGAUGACAAAUUUCACUCUGGGAGUGAUGAGAGAAUCAGGCUUACCUCAGACCGAGUGGAGAUGAUGAGCAUCCAGCUGAAAGAAGUCGGGAACAGGGUAAAUUUUAUAAAGCGUUCUCUGCACUCCCUGGACUCUCAGAUCGGUCACCUGCAGGACCUUUCAGCACUGACUGUGGACACUUUGAAGGCUUUGACUGCUCAACGAGCCUCUGAGGCCAGCAAGGUGCACAACGAGAUCACGCGUGAGCUCAGCUUGUCUAAGAACCUUGUGCCCGGCCCUGCGGACUCCAAAGCGUCCGUGCUGGUUCAGCGCAGCGUUUACCCCCCGCCCGCCAACAUGGCCGACUCCCUGUUCGGGGGCAGAGCUGAGGAGGGGGCGCGGUCGAGGGCGGAGUUUGUUCUGAGUCCAGAAAGGCCGGAGCUCGGCGCCCUGAGCCCAGAGAGGAGGCCGCUUUUCACACCGGAGGCUGGAUCCUCCGGCAGUGCCUUACCGCACACACACUCUCACGCACACGCGCACACACACUCUCACGCACACGCAUGGGCUCCCAGCACCAGCCGUCCGGACGACGCCAGCAUCAGCAGCCUGCCCAGUGCUCCUGCUGCCGCGGCCACCUUCUUCGUCAGCAGCACCCCCACCCAGCCCAGCGGCGCACACACACUUACACACGCCGCACAGACACACACUCCCACGCAGACGGAACAGCCGCACACACCCGCCAGCGUGGAGUUCGGGGCCUUCGUGGGUCACAAGGAUGAGGCUGAAGGUCUGAGGUCGUUUCCUAAAGAGAGUUCUGCGGGCUGCCGGCAGCUCAGUCCAGGCAGAAAGGACCAAGGAGAGAGUCACAUGCGGACGGUGAACUCAUACGCUGGCUUCACCGAGCUGGAUAGAAACCCGGCCUUCCUCCACCCAGAGACCAGUCUAAGUAAGCGGGAGAAGAGUCGUGUGUCAGCGGAGGACGUGUUCCAAGAUGACCCGCGAGCAGCGCUGCUAAUGGAGAGAGCUCAGGGGAAAUCGGUGCAGGCCAGCAGCAGCCUAAGCCCAGGAGAGGAUGCCGGUAAUGCUUCCACAGGCCUUUACUCAGCCAGGCACACUCACCUGGGUGGGCGUAAGGACUCAAUUGGUUCUCCCUUCAAGCCCAUGGAGGGGUAUCAGUAUUCAGCGGUGGAGCGUAAUAACCUGAUGCGGUUGUCCCAGAGCAUUCCAUUCACCCCAGUGCCCCCUAGAGGAGAACCGGUGACAGUGUACCGUCUGGAGGAAAGCUCCCCCAAUAACAUAAACAACAGCAUGUCGUCAUGGACACAGCGCGGCCUGUGCGCUAAAAUCGAGUUCCUGAGUAAAGAGGAAAUGGGUGGUGGCCUGCGGAGGGCACUGAAGGUGCUGUGCACAUGGUCCGAGUACGACAUCCUCAAGCCAGGACACCUGUACAUUGUCAAAUCCUUCCUUCCUGAGGUGGUGAACACCUGGCAGAGUGUUUAUAAGGAGGACACCGUACUGCAUCUGUGUCUGCGGGAGAUCCAGCAGCAGCGAGCAGCUCAGAAACUGACCUUCGCCUUCAAUCAGAUCAGACCCAAAGCCAUCCCUUAUUCGCCCAGGUUUCUGGAGGUGUUCCUGCUGUACUGUCACUCUGCUGGUCAGUGGUUUGCGAUAGAGGAAUGCAUCACGGGCGAGUUUCGGAAGUUUAAUAACAAUAACGGAGACGAGAUCGUCCCCACCAACCUGCUGGAGGAGACCAUGCUGGCCUUCAGCCACUGGAGCUACGAGUACACACGAGGGGAACUGCUCGUCCUCGACCUGCAGGGAGUGGGGGAGAUCCUGACCGACCCGUCUGUGAUUAAAAGUGGGGAGAAAGGGUCGUAUGACAUGGUGUUCGGCCCGGCGAACCUCGGAGACGACGCCAUCAGAAACUUCCGCACUAAACAUCACUGUAACUCCUGCUGCCGCAAACUCAAACUUCCUGAUCUGAAGAGGAACGACUACACACCAGAGAAAGUGACACUGCAGCAAGAUGACCAAACUGAGGGCUCCUCCCCUUCCCCCCCAGCAGGGGGCAGCACUAAAGAACAGCGCCACUCCAUGCGCUUAAUGCUGUGAGACACACACACACACACACACACACACACACACACACACAGCAUCU